CCUGAACUAAACCAAAAGCACUUUUGAGAGGAACUUCGACCAAGUCGGCUUUUUUAGAUGUGGGGUCGGCUGGCCGUUCAUCCUGUAAUAUUAGAAACAUGAUGUUCUUCGGGCGCACGGUGCGCUUAUGGCAUGCCAGUCAGGGUGAGCCCAAUAGUGGAUCCGGGUCUGGUCCGAGUCGCAACCACAUAUCUUCAACAUUGAAUGCUCGAUGCUCAGCACUUCAUUUCCUCUGAACGCUUAACCUCUCUCCGCAGUAGGGCAGUUUUGACUUUUGUCUCUCGCUUUUCCAUUCCUCCUUUCUACAAGUCUAGUCGCUCGUUAUUUGGCCUUACUUCAUUUUUGCAAUUUGAUAAUGUCCCCCUCGACUGUGGCGCACAGGAUCUUCCUAAUGACAACCAUCCUAAACGCCAUCGCGGUCCUCGAAUAUCUCUGUUUUAUUUCUGAUGAAGUCCGCCUGGUCUGGCCGCGAGUUCGGAAGAGCACCGCAGCCAAGCUUUUUCUGGUAACCAGGUAUCCCGGAUUGGCUGGACUGAGCUUUAACGUCUGGUUUUCGUAUAGGAUGCAAUCGGGAGUUUCCAACGAUGCGAUAGUUUGCAGAUUAUGGUACGCGUACCAGACCGCGAUGAUCCAGUUGCUGCUAUCUGCAGUGGAGUUAAUACUCAUGCGGCAGGUGUACAAGAUGUUCCAAAAGGACAGGUAUAUCACUGGUCUCUUGUUCGUCUUCGGUGGCGCCCAAAUUGCUGCCAUGGCAGUCAGCGCUCGAUUGAUUGUAAUUGGCAUUCGUUACUCCCCCACUUGCGUCAUCCUCAGGUCCCCUCCCAGUCAAAUCUAUGCCGGUGUCUCAGUCAUUGCAACGUAUACGUUCAUAUUUUUCAUGAUGCUGUGGCGAUACUUCCAAGGCAGAUCUCGCUGGUCGGAAGUUUUACGUGUUUGGCUCAAAAUCACGGUUCGCGACGGUGCCUGCACGACUAUCGCGGUGAUAGUGAGCAUCUUGUUCAUGACGCUCUGCAAUACGGACGUCAUCAAAACACAGAUGACCGGAAACAUUGUUUUUUACGUGCUGCAUCCCUGCCUUUGGUUUGCUGUUGGAUGCAUAGUUCGUAACCAAGAGAAAUUCCGCGAAAGCCAAAAGUCCCAGAAGGGUAAUGGUAAUGAUCCACAUGGGUGGACUACCUCGCUCGAGGUGGAGCUUGAUGGCAUUACACCUUUUGAUGACCCCGAUGUGUAUCCCGAGAGCCACUCUGACUUGAAGGUCGAAUCGACGACCGACGUCUCUACCUCGUUUGACUCUGAGUCAGAUGUAGGAACGAUGGAUAUCACUGACGAAUGCCCUUGCAAGAUGGCGGAGGAUGAUACGUUGCCGUCGGGCUGCUCGCUCACAUUCACGCGUACGGAAACAGGCAUUAGUGGUGAGGGUUCUGGCUCUAGGAAUUAAAGUCAAUACAUUCGUUUUAUGACACAACCACGAGUUCCGUAGUACAUACUUGACAUCACUAAUAGUUUUUACGUUGAUCUUAUGCAUAUGGUGCUACGUUUGGACUAAGAUGCAAUGCAUUCUUUAUAAUAAUAUAUUUCGACGGAAUUCCGCCACAU